ACGAACAAUUUUUCAAUAAUACAACAAGUAACAAUAAUAAUAAAAAAAUGAUUAAAACCUAAAGAAAACUAAAUUCCCGAGAAUCAAAGUCUUGAAGCUCAAAGUAAUUUGUAAAAGCUGGAAAUGCUUGCAAGGAUUUUAGUUUUGUUGCCUACAUCUUACGGCUUUUUCACCAAAACUGAAUACUAAAGCUCACUGGUGUGCAAUCGGUGCUGAAUUAAAUUCCCCUCAUCGUUCAUCAGAAAUACAAAUCAAUCAAUCUUGUCUGGGGCUAGGCAUUUAACAAAAUGUUUAGCGGGACAGAAUCUCAAAAGACCUCAUUUUUGGAGCAGACCAAGGCGGCAAGAGAAGAGCGCGCCCUGGAAAAGAAACGAGAAUGCGCUGCCGUUAAAAUUCAGUCCACCGUUAGAGGUUUUACAGCACGAAGACGUUUUCAGAAGCGCAUACUGACUGACUUUGAUGCCUUGUUACUGGAUGGCGGAGAUGGAGAGAAAGAAAAAAUCGAUUUACAUGCGUCAUCUGUUGUGUAUCCUGUAUUUCAUCGUUUCUUGACACAUCAUAAGUUGGCCAAAAAUUGCGAUGAGACACGCGAACGUUUUGAGAGAUUGUGUCGCUAUUUGAACAAGUCCAUGGAAACGGAAUCGCCCAAAUUAUCAUAUGCAACAUUGUGUUUGCAAAAGGAUAAAAGUUUACCCUGGAUAGCGCAUAUUAAGAUUUUAUUGAAUUUUAUCCUUCAGCUCUUACAGGACAUAAAACCAGAAAAUCAUGCUGACAGCAUAUCAUUGGCUUUAUAUCUUCAUACUUUGGUUGUAUUCACCUCACCGAAAUCUUGGGGAAUUGUGAGGAAUAAACAAUUUGAGAAAGUCCAACCAGCAAUGCAGAAAAUAUGCUGCAACAUUCAGGGCAACCUCAUACAAAAUGAUUUCUUCAAAAUAAUGAGGAGUCUACUGCUGAAGGGCACUUCACGUGAAGAUUUAACACUGAAGCCUGUUUCUUUAAUAGCCAUUAUGACGUUGUGUACUCGCCCUUUGAUAGAUGGGGAUUUUACACGCAACAUAAUGGCCCAAUUUCUUAUAGAAAUUCUGUCGGUGCCGGCACUGAUUUAUCAUUUGAGCACAGUGGCUCCUCAGUGUAUAGAACAAAUGUCCUCGAUGUGGAUACUGAAGCGGGCAUUGAAUAUAUCCGAAGACAUCAAUUGGUUCAAGGACUAUGGGGCGAAAAUGCCUGCAACAAAAAGUUUGGCAUUGCUGGGGAAUAUCAUUAAUUUAUUUAAUAUUGAAAAUAUAACAGAGGCCAAGCUGUUGGCAUAUCCCUUGCUGACGAAUACCGUCACUUUACUUUUUGAAAAUAUACCCAGCACCUCAUCGUCCAAGGGUGUCUUUACGCAAUGGCAUGAACUAUUGGGCUGGCAUACACCUUCCAAGGAUCCUGCACAAAAUCAAUGUGUGGCUUUGAUUAAAAAACAAUUUCACAUGUUGUGGGCUCUACGCUGCCUGCAAAUAAUGGUGGGUGAUCUGCUCAAGGAAAUCAAUGUGAAUUUUGAACGCAUUGAAUUUCAAGCACCUAGUCUAGCCUCCACCAGCAAUCUGUUGCGUCGUGCUCUCGAACGCAGCUCCACGCGCACAAACCUAAAUAAAUCCUCCAAAAUUGCAUGGCGCAAAUUGGAUGCUCCCGAAGUUAUACAGGUGUCACGCAUAUGUGCCAUGUACUAUUCGGCUCUUAACACCUUGUCGCAGCUAAAAUUGGAAAUUCUAACUGGUAUAUGCUUUGUUGACAAAGUCUUUUAUGAUUUAUGGCUAUUUCUUACAUCCAUGGGACCCAAUUGUGCUUUGAAAGAGUAUUUGGACUUAUUUAAGUGUGAAGAUUUCCAAAAGAAACCACAGACAGCUAUGCUAAUGUUGUUCUGUGACUGUAUGACGCACUAUGUGACGGUGCUUGAUGAGCACGAAAUGUACACCGAACAGAAAUGCUUUCAACUCAAUGAUUUCGUUAUGUUGACAUAUUUUCUCAAUAACAUUUUAUACCGCAUUAUAAACGAAGACAUAUUUGGUACUACGAAAAAUAUAACCCAAACACCGGUUUUUGUAUCUCUUCACACCCUAAUGUUGUGUCUGUAUAAAAGAGAUUGCCGUCGACGUUUUACCCCACCUAAUCAUUGGUUGAUUCACGAAGUUAAACCCUCCACGUUUAUCAAUGAUUUGGAAAAGGGCAAGCGCCAUGCUGUCAUAUUGCUGCAAAAAAUGCCUCAUAUUAUACCCCAUGAAGAUCGAGUGAAACUAUUUCGCAAAUUUGUGCAGAAUGAGAAAGCCGUUUUGGGACUAACCGAAUCGGCAUGUGCCUCGCCGCGUUCGGCAUUGAUAGUUGUGCAUCGUGAACGUAUAGUAGAAGAUGGCUAUAGGCAAUUGGCGGCCUUAAAACCGCAUGCUCUAAAGGGCGUCAUACGCGUACGUUUUAUAAAUCAACAAGGUCUCCACGAGGCUGGCAUUGAUCAGGAUGGUGUUUUUAAGGAAUUUCUGGAAGAGACCAUUAAGAAAGUUUUUGAUCCUGCCCUUAAUCUUUUCAAAACGACUUCAGAUCAACGUCUUUACCCCUCGCCCAUAUCAUAUGUCCAAGACAAUCAUUUGCAGCUUUUUGAAUUUGUGGGCCGCAUGCUGGGUAAAGCCGUUUACGAAGGCAUAGUGGUUGAUGUGCCCUUCGCUUCGUUCUUUUUGUCACAACUGUUGGGUCAAACUCACCAGGCUUUAUAUUCGUGCAUGGACGAGCUACCUUCCUUGGAUGCUGAACUCUACAAAAGUCUGACUUUCAUAAAACACUAUGAGCAAGAUGUGGCUGAUUUGAAUUUAACCUUUUCCGUGGACCAAGAUGUUAUGGGCAAAAUUGUCACCCACGAAUUGCAUCCUGGAGGCAAGGGACGUUCGGUGACCGAUCACAAUAAAUUGGUCUACAUUCAUUAUAUGGCCUAUUUUCAUAUGAACACUCAAAUACGUGAGCAGACACAAGCAUUCAAUCGCGGUUUCCGCAGCAUAGUCAAUCCCGAAUGGUUGUCGUUGUUUUCGCCGCCCGAGCUGCAGCGUUUAAUAUCUGGCGACACAGUGCCCUUGGAUUUGAGGGACUUACGUAAACACACACAGUAUUAUGGUGGAUUUCACGAUUCUCAUCGUGUUAUUGGUUGGUUGUGGGAUAUAUUGGCUAAGGAUUUCUCAGAAGAGGAGAAGAAAUUGUUUUUGAAGUUUGUCACAAGCUGCUCCAAACCACCUCUUUUGGGUUUUGCACACUUGGAACCACCGUUUUCUAUACGCUGCGUUGAAGUCGGCGAUGACGAGGAUACCGGCGAUACCAUUGGCAGUGUUAUACGAGGUUUCUUUACCAUACGCAAAAAGGACCCCUUGAAUCGUUUACCCACCUCUUCGACCUGCUUUAAUCUACUCAAGUUGCCAAAUUAUCAGAAGAAGUCAACGUUAAGAGAUAAAUUGCGCUAUGCGGUCACCAGUAAUACUGGCUUUGAGCUGUCUUAAAUUUGUUAUGCCUAAUUUAUGAUCAUUGUAACCAUGUGUGUGCGAGUAUGUUCCAAUCUAGACAUUGGUACUAACUAGGGUUGGGGGACUUUUUUUAAGCUCAGCUCACCUGUUGUCCAGGGUGAUGUUUCAGAUAAAAGCAUAUUUCGUAUGAGAAGUAAGAAAUAAGAAAUAACGGUGAUGGAAAGAGUGGUGAUGGACGUUGUUGAUAGUCGGCAAACAUUUUCAUUCGCUUUUAAAGGACAUAUCAUUUAAAGUUUAGGAUAAUCAUUUCAAUGUGCUGUUAGAGAAAAAGUUUUUUUUUUUUUUGAAUUUUUUUGUUUUUUUUUUGAAUGCGCGUCCCAAGCAAUAAUUUUAGCAAACAGUGUUUUUGGAUUACUAAACAUGGUUAUUGAUCUCCAAAUCAAGUAGGGUUUUUAAUUUUUCAGAUUAAUUCUGUUUUGAAAUUAUUUUUCUUUGUGUUUGAUCUUUUUUUAUUUAUUAUGAUUAGUAACUGUGAUAUGAGAAAUUAAAUUGAGAACGAUAAUGAUUUGUAACGAUUCAAAUGUAGCUGUGCCGGAAACCUUUAUCUUAGUUUUUUUAAUAACCGUUUCCGGGAGUGGUUUUAAGGAUUUUUUGUUCUAAUCAACAUAUGCAUAAUUCACAUUUAAUUAUUUAAUUUUUCUUUUCUUAAUUUAAAUGAAUUUUAUAAAUAAUCACAAAUUGUCAAACAAUGACUUCGUGGCGUUUUUUGUUGACCCAACAACGAAAUACAUUCGAGGUAUAAAACUUGAAAAUUUCAAAGUGAAAGGCUAACAAUUCGUUAUUAGGCACAUUGAGACAAUUUUUUUUUCAUCCUUUGAUUGUGUAAUUCUAUUGGCUAAAUAUUUACGAAAGUAAAUUUAUCUCCAUUUCCAUUUCAUUAUUACAACUUUACCAUGGAACCCUAAAUUUUUUUUUUUUUUAAUUUAUUUUAUGUAAAAAUACUUUGUUCUGUAAUAAUAUAUUAUACAAGCAUAAGUACAUACAAAUAUUAUAUACAAUUAACCAUCAUGUAUACACCGAAUCAUUUUCAAUAAAACUAUAACGACA